UUUUGUAGGCCACUGCCCAGACCACCACCAUGACCCCCACCACGACUGAGACCUACACACGGACUCAGUACUGUAAGUGGCCAUGCGAGUGUCCGAAGUCCCCACCUCGGUGCUCAGUAGGAGUCAGCCUGGUCACAGACGGCUGCGACUGCUGCAAGACGUGUGCCAAGCAGCGUGGAGAAAGCUGCACUGAGGCCGACACUUGUGACUUCCACAGGGGCUUGUACUGUGACUACAGUGGAGACAGACCUAGGUACGAAAUAGGAGUAUGUGCACAGAUUGUCGGUGUAGGAUGUGUCCUCAAUGGAGUCAGGUAUAACAAUGGGGACACGUUUCAGCCCAACUGCAAAUACAACUGCACGUGCAUUAACGGGGCUGUGGGCUGUAUUCCUAUGUGCACAAACUCACGUCCUCCCCUUGUCUGGUGCCCAAACCCAAAGCUGAUUAAGUUAGCAGGGAAGUGCUGCGAGCAGUGGAUUUGUGAUGACUCCAAGAAAAUCAGGAAGACGUCUCCACGGCACAUCUCCUCUGCAGCAUACGAGGGAGAGGAUGAAGCCUGGCAGAAGAACUGCAUCGUGCACACCUCCCCCUGGAGUCCCUGCUCAAAGACCUGCGGGCUGGGCAUCUCCACUAGGAUUUCCAAUGACAACGACCAGUGCCGGCUCCUGAAGGAAAGCCGCCUGUGCAAUAUGCGGCCCUGCGAGGUGGAUAUCACCAAGCACAUUAAGCCUGGGAAGAAGUGCUUGGCUGUCUACAGAGCCAACGAACCAAUGAACUACACCAUCUCAGGAUGUGUGAGCAAAAGUCCAUAUAGACCCAAAUACUGCGGCGUCUGCACAGACAAUAGGUGCUGCACCCCCUACAAGUCCAAGACUAUUGAAGUGAGGUUCCAGUGCCCAGAUGGAACUGAGUUUUCCUGGAAAAUCAUGUGGAUCAAUGCUUGUUUCUGCAACCUGAACUGCAAGAACCCCAAUGACAUCUUUGCCGACUUGGCUCAUUACCAUGAUUACUCUGAAAUCGCUAAUUAAAUAGGCUGAAUGCUGGAAUUGACCCAUUGCUCUGAUUUUACAGAGGAUUUAAAAUAAAAGGAGAAUCUUCA